CGCCCACCUCGCCGGCCCCGCCCCGCGGCUCCACCCCGGCCAAUUAGCGAAUGCCCGACAGUCCAGCCCGGUAGAGAGGCCUGAGCAAGAUGGCAGCUGCGUGUCGGAGCGUGAAGGGUUUGGUUGCCUUAAUAACCGGCGGAGCCUCAGGCCUAGGCUUGGCCACAGCGGAGCGACUGGUGGGGCAGGGGGCCACUGCUGUACUUUUGGACCUGCCCAACUCAGAUGGGGAGGCCCAGGCCAAGAAGUUAGGGAAGAGCUGCGCCUUUGCCCCAGCCGACGUGACCUCAGAGAAGGAUGUGCAAGCAGCCCUGACUCUAGCAAGAGAAAAGUUUGGCCGUGUGGAUGUGGCAGUCAACUGUGCAGGCAUUGCAGUGGCCAGCAAGACAUAUAACUUAAAGAAAAGCCAGGCCCAUUCCUUGGAGGACUUUCAGCGAGUUAUCAAUGUGAAUCUCAUGGGCACCUUCAAUGUGAUCCGCCUGGUGGCUGGUGAGAUGGGCCAGAACGAACCAGACCAGGGAGGCCAACGUGGGGUCAUCAUCAACACGGCCAGCGUAGCUGCCUUUGAGGGCCAGGUUGGACAAGCUGCAUACUCUGCUUCCAAGGGGGGCAUAGUUGCCAUGACACUGCCCAUUGCUCGGGAUCUGGCUCCCAUGGGUAUCCGGGUGAUGACCAUUGCUCCAGGCCUAUUUGGCACCCCGCUGUUGACCACCCUCCCAGAUAAAGUGCGCAACUUCCUGGCCAGCCAGGUGCCCUUCCCCAACCGACUUGGUGACCCUGCCGAGUAUGCUCAUCUGAUACAGGCCAUCAUCGAGAACUCAUUCCUCAAUGGAGAAGUCAUCCGGCUGGAUGGGGCCAUCCGCAUGCAGCCUUGAAGGGGGAAGACAGAGAGAACAAAGGUUCCUCUGUCCCUCCCCCUCCUGGAGUGCUCUUCUCCAGUUUGGAAGGAAGCCCAGUAGCCAUUUUGUAAACUCUGCCUAUCAGUCACCCUGUGUGCCUAAUAAAGUCUCUGUUUCUCAUGGA